AUUGAGAGGUAAAACAUGUAAAAAAGAAUAGAUGAUAAAAUUUAGAGAAUAAUGGAAAUUAAGAGAGAAAAUAUAGAUGUUAUUGGUAAGGAAUGAUUGAAUGCUACCUUAGCGCACUUUGGAGAAGAAAACAAAGCCUCAGGAAUUGGCAUUGGAUCUGAAUUCUGAUAAUCCUAUUGUGUUUGUGUUGUUUUGUACGAUGAUGAUGGUCACCCAAGUUGAACUCAUGUUGAGACCCUCCACUCUGGGUCGUCACUUUUUCUGCAAAUCGAACUCGUUCUCACGCUCUACCACUUGGCUUUCCUUACAACGCGCCGUUCCCACCACAGCAAUCUCCUCCUCUCUCACGCGCCGCCCCAUUCCUCCAGAUUCCAAUCCCCGUAACUUCUUCUUCUCCUCUCUCACCUCUUUCCAAUCCCUAAACACUUCCACCCACCUCCCCAAUGCUCCCAACAACCCCUUCCUCUCUCAAUCACAAAGUGGUGGUGCCUUCGUCUGGAAUCCCGCUUCCGACACUCCAAGCGCCGCGCUUUACGGAGGCAAAGACCGCGUGGCCACGGUGGUCCUGCUGGGGUGGCUCGGAGCGAGGACCAAGCACCUCAAGAGGUACGUGGAGUGGUACAAUUCGCUAGGCUUUAACGCGGUUACCUUCGUCGUCGAUGUCAAGGAGCUACUUCGAAUAGACCUCGGCCACGUCCUCGAGACCCGAAUCUCUCACCUUGCCGACCACCUCGUUUCUUGGUUGUCUCGCGAGGAACAAGACGGAAGGGAACGAUGGUUGGUUUUUCACACUUUCAGCAACACGGGUUGGUUUGUUUAUGGAUACAUUCUGGCACGAAUGCUGGGUAGCGAGGAUCUCAUGGAGAAGAUUAAGGGUUGCAUUAUUGAUUCGGGAGGAGGAGAACCUUUCAAUCCACAGGUCUGGGCUGCUGGCUUUUCUGCUGCUAUAUUUAAGAAGCGCAGCUCUUUAGUCGAGGUAGAGGGCAAGCAGAAAUCAGAAACUGAGGAUAGCUUGUCAAAUAUUCAGCAAAACCAACCUUCCAAGUUUGAAACAGCGGUCUUGUCACUGUUAGAGAAGCUUUUCUCAUUUGUUUUGCAGUUGCCAGAUGUGAAUCAGAGGUUAACAAGGAUUGUGAAUGUGCUCAAGAAACACCAGCCUUGCCCUCAGCUUUACCUGUAUAGUACAGCUGACAAAUUAAUUCCAUUUGAAUCAGUAGAAGCGUUAAUUGAGGAACAGAGAAAGAUGGGAAAGAGGGUAAGGUCCUUUAACUUUGGAUUAUCUCCCCACGUAGAUCAUUAUAGGACAUUUCCAGACCUAUACUUAUCACAGGUUACUGAAUUUUUGAAAGAAUGUUUUACUGCCACCACACAAACAGCUUACAAGAGUUAAGUUGCCUUUCAAAGUGUAAAUUUUUUGCAUAGCAUUAGUCCGUACUGGAAUUUCGUUCCUUUAGUUUUUCCAAACGGAAUGGUGCUCAUUAUCACAAGGGCAAUGAGAGAAAUUAGAAGUGGUAUUCACAUAAUACAUUGACCUGCAAACAGUGCCAGCCAAUUACACAUUAGAGUAAUUCUUUUGAGGAUUGUUCACAAAGCUCGAGUGACAAAAAUUGAACAUGGCCAACUGAUGAGAUUAGAUAA